AUGGCCACCGGUUCCGAAGCCGCUGACCGAUCCCUCUUGGAAGGUGAUGCUGCCUCCUAUGGUGCAACGACCGCGGGCGCGCCCGGCGCGCCUGCUCCUGGUGGGAGGGGAUCCACUCGGGGUGCCACGACGGCUCCAGCCGCUGCCGCACGUCCGGUGCUGACGCCGGAUGAGCUGCUCAAGGAGUUGACACGCAACUUUGGUGUGUACAAGGACAUGCUCUUCAACUACUUCAUGAAAGGGCCACCAUCUUCGCCACCUCUUCGUCACUUUCACCACCUCAAAGGUGAAACGGCUCGCGACGGCUCGUGA